AUGGUAGCCAGCUAUGUGUCAGAGGACCAGCUGGCCGCCAACCUGCGCUUGUUGUCCUGUGUGAAGACCAACGAGAUCUCUGGUAUCGAUGUGGCCAUUGACCAUGGGGCAGAUGUGAAUUUCGCAAACUUGCAAGAGCCCAUCAAUCUCCAGACACCGCUGAGAGCCGCCUGUGCUUUGGCGAACGUGAAGAUGGCGAGGCUUUUGCUUCAGCAGGGUGCCGACGUCUUUGCCCAUUUUGCCAAAGAUGGCUGGACUGCUCUGCACAGUGCCUGCUAUAGCGGCCAUGAUCAUAUAGCGAAGCUGCUACUGGAAGAGGCUGGGAGUCUGCAUGAGGGCACACUCCAGGAUGGGUGGGGCUUGAUGCAUCUGCUGGCAUUGUGUGUGACUGACCGGCUUUCCAAGCAAGGAGCAUCCCUGGUGUGCUGGGCUCUGAAACAGAUGCCUGGUGUUGAGUUGAAUGCUUUCUCAAAGCAUGCCGGGUUCUAUGAUUGGACGCCUCUGCAUGUGGCUGCAGCCCGUGGCAUGACACAGGUUUGCAGCGCUCUCCUGAAGGCAAAAGCUAACGUGUGGGCAUCGACUGGUGAUUUCCAUGUCAGCUCCCCGCACCUGAACAAAUUUGCGUUGGCCGGAAGCAUUGCGUCCGUCGGCGCCGGCUUUGACAGAGUGGAGGGCCGUCACUUGGACAAGGGCUUGCUACCCCUUCAUGUAGCUGCAUUUGGAGGCCAAGCGCGGACUUGCCAGCUCCUGCUGAGGCAAGCCCCCAGGUCACUCCACACCAUGACGCAUCGGCAUUGCUGGACGGCCCUGCUACAUGCUGUUUGGAGCGACAAUGCAGAGCUGGUGCGCGAGCUGUGCCGGCAAGGCGCCAGAAAAAGCAUCAACGACAUAGAUCGGAGGGGAGACGGAACGUCGUGGUCGCCCAUCUCGCUGGCCGUGAUUCGUUGUUCUCCAGACGUGGUACAUGUUUUAGUGGAGUACGGGGCAGACCCACUGAUGCGCAUGGCGUUGGUUGACUUCCCAGGGUCUGCAUUCUUGAAGCACUGCUCGCUGGCAUUGCCGGAUGCAGCUGAGAACACCUGGAGCGGACCCGACAGACGCAUUUCUUUGCUUCAUCUUGCAAUUUGCCGUGGAUCCAGCACUAUGGUCAAAGCUCUGAUGCCCCUUCUGCGCUCAGCCCAUCAACAGCCAGUCCGCCUGAGCACAAGUCGCCCCCCUUUAACCGGCAGGGGCGCUUCGCCCUGGCAGGACCUACAGAAGGAGACGAAGGAGGCCUCCUUCGGUCGCUCAGGAGCCCAGACGCAGCGCGCAGUGCGCCAGGAUCGCCAGGAUUCGGCCCGUGAGCGCUUGAACAGUGGCCCAGCCUCAGAGGCUCAAGGCAACGAUCCUGUGACCUUUCGGACAGAUCAGGGAUGGUCUCCUGCCAUCUUGGCUGUCCUCCUUCAAACGGUUGAUCCGGAUCGGAUGGUUUGUCCCUUUUACAUCACGAGGGGAUUUCCUGAUCGAUCCGUCGGUUCCAGGGCUGAUGUGGUGAAGGAGCUAAUGGACGGUCCUUCCUCUCCUUUUGCAGAGCACGAGGCAGAUAAGCCGCUCGUAGUCCCACAACGUUUCCCAGAUGUUGCCGCGACUUUAGUGAACAUGGCCAUCAAUGAGUUCUUACGUCUCUGCCGAGGCUCGGCAGCAGAAGCUGUCGACCAGAUUCUGCAGUCUACACUCUGCGCAGCAUGCCAUUUCAAUCGAGCAGAAAUCGCACAGCACCUCCUUGAAGUCGGCCGGUGCGAUCCACGAUGCACAAUGCUGAAGCCGGUCGAGCAACGCCCCCUGCACAUCGUAACUUCUCACGGCUACGGGCGGCUAGCUCAACUGCUUUUGGAUUACAAAGCGAAUCCCUUAGAGCCAGAUGAGAAUCGGCAGCUUCCGGUGGUGAAGCUAACGGCAUUCUUUGAGAGUCAGCUACAACGCUUGCAGGCCAGAGUCGCGGAGUUGGAAGCACAGCUUUGCGAGGCUGACAGGGCCGACAGUCUGUCAGCGAAGUCAUCGCCGAAGACCGCUGAACCAUCGCGGGUGGGCCGGAGGACAGGCGGUGGUCCGAUCGAUGUUGCAAGCUACGAAGCUUUGCUGCACGACUCUCGCAUGUGA